GUUUCGACUCUGACAUCCCUGCCAGUGGCUGUCUUCUCCCAGCUCCGCCUUCAGAGCAUACUUUCGCUUUGGAUCUGGCAAUCUGCCAAGGCAACUGGCAAGGCGCGGAGUCAGACCCAGCCAGCUUGCAGGAGCUUAUCCAAGCUGAGGAAGACGCUGGCUUUGCACGGGAAUUUUUUUCUUGGGAGGCCGCUCAGGCCCACUUCGGCUCAGACCGUGUCGCGGUGGGCCGGGUGAACAUAGUUCACGUGCCCGGGAAGAAACCCCGUUUGGUAGUCGAUUCUUCGGUUUGCCGCACCAAUCAGGCCUGCAGAGUACCGGAAAAAUCCUGCCUUCCGUCUUUGGGUGACAUACGCUCCGCUUUUCCUUUGCGGGAAGACAUUGAGGAAGCUUCUGCCUUCUCUGCAGACAUUCGAUCUGCCCACAAAACAGUCAGGAUUCGCGAGAAGGACCAGGGCCUCUUAGGCUUCCGUCAGCAGGAGCGAUUGCUUUUCUACCAGGUGGCCCCCUUUGGAGCGGUGUUCUCCAGCCACUGGUUCGCCAGGGUCGUCUUCUUGGGAGCUUCCGUUGUACUCUGUUUCUUUGCGUGCUUCGGUAUUCCCAUCAGUUGGCCCAAACUCCAGAUGGGCUGCAGGAUCACCUGGAUAGGAUGGGAGCUCAACUUCUCAGCUGGGGGUUUUCGUCUGCCGAGAGACAAACGCGAGAAAGCCAUUGCUCUCUUGGAAGCCUGCUUCUCGGGACGUCACGUCUCCAAGAAGCAUCUCGAUAAGGUCUUAGGCUUGAUGCAAUGGAUCCUGCAGUGUGCCCCAGAGCUUCGGCCGUGGCUUUGCUGUCUGUACGAUGACAUGCGCGCACGGAGAUCAAGUCUAAAACUGACCUUCGUCUUGUGCCCAUUUCAUCUCGCCGAGUUUGGCUUCGGGUGGCUGAUCCUGCAUCUUCCAGGCGUAAGUUGUCCGAGCCCAGCCGAGAGAUGCUCCGCUUUCUGCUCUGGUGGUGCAAAAACCCUUGGCCUUGGCGUCCUUUGGCUUUGCCACCUGUUCUGCCCUUCGAAAGUGCGGCAGAUGCCUUCGGAAGGCAAUGCGUGUGGCGUAGGUGGCUGGCUGCGUGUGGGAGCCACCCAGUGCUUCUGGUUCUUGGAGCGCUUCGCGCCAGACUUCCGCUCCUUGGGCAUUCCAGUCAAGGAUGAUGCUAAUCUUGACAUUUCAUCUUAUGAGACACUUGCCCAGGGAUUUCUCUUGGUCCUUCUGCUUCGGACGGUUAGCGGAGGGCGUCUUCGGGUUAAGCUCCCUGCACUUAGUGAUAAUGUAGGCGCCGAGAGUGUGAUCAACCGCCUUUACACCAGCAAGCAGCCUCUUGCCUUGUUCGUGCAACGUCUUGCCAUGUGGGCGUGCGCGCAUGCUGUCUCGCUUGCCUGUUCUCACAUUGCGGGCGAAAAGAAUGUUGAGGCCGAUGCCUUGAGCCGCUGGGAUGAGUCAUGCCCCACACCUCACACCUUCGGCGAUGGAGUGCGAGUGCGUAUCUCUUUGCCUUCCUUUUGGCAAGUGCAGCUUCAGCCACAGCUUUUGCCUGCGGACACGUUCCUGCAGUGGCGCCUUCCUCAACAGUCGGGCCCUUUGAUGAAGCGCAAAUGCCGAUCGUCACAGCCUCUUGCUAUCGGGUGCUUUGCACUGCUUCGCGGGCAAGCUGGGCCUUUGUGCUCAUCUGGUCCUCGAGGUCGGGCGAACUCUGUUCAACUCUGA